CUCGCGCAUACGCAUGCGUCUUGCCCUCCCAGAAGGUGCGAUGACGGCUGCGGCGGCAACAGCAGAGGCCUCCGAGGUUUUUCAGAAGUGUGGCUGCAAAGGUAUCCGGACCUGUCUGAUUUGUGAGAGGCAGCUCCAGGUUGACCCGCCCUGGCAGUUGUCCCCGCAGAAAACACACCGCUUCCUUUACAAUGUGGACACAGGUUGGGCCGUGGGGGCUGAGGAUUCCAACUGUGAAGGCUGGGGCUUCCCCUUCCCGGGGGUGACACUGAUAGAGGAUUUUGUGACCCGGGAGGAAGAGGCCGAGAUGGUGCGAUUGAUGGACCUCGACCCUUGGAAGCUCUCUCAGUCUGGCCGGAAGAAGCAGGACUAUGGCCCCAGAGUCAACUUCCGGAAGCAGAAGCUGAAGGUGGCGGACUUCCAGGGCCUGCCCAGCUUCAGCCGGGAGGUGGUGCGGAGGAUGGGCCUCUACCCCGGCCUAGAGGACUUCCAGCCUGUCGAGCAGUGCAACCUGGACUACAGCCCCGAGCGCGGCUCUGCCAUCGACCCCCACCUGGAUGACACCUGGCUGUGGGGUGAGAGGCUGGUGAGCCUCAACCUCCUGUCCCCCACCGUGAUGUCCAUGUCCCGGGAGGCACCCGACACCCUGUUACUCAGCUCGGCUCCUACCACUGGUCCCAAGGACAGCGUGGACAACCUGAUUACCCCCAGCUGGUCUGUCUUGUGCCAGGAUGUGGAGGUGGCCAUCCCCAUCCCCCGCUGCUCUCUGCUGGUGCUGACCGGUGCAGCACGGCACCAGUGGACACAUGCCAUCCACCGCAGGCACAUCACAGCCCGGCGCGUCUGUGCCACCUUCCGGGAGCUGUCAGCCGAGUUCCAGCCCGGGGGGAGGCAACAGGAUCUUGGACGUGAGCUCCUGCAGAUCUCAUGCUCUUUCCAAGGGAGACCUGUGUGAACUGCCCCCCUGGGGACAGGCCUGUGCCAGCUGGCCAGAGGUGCCAGGGCCCGCUGUCUUCCCCUCAUUAUGUUUUGGUAGAAGCCAUCUGACCCUGAUGCCAUGGGUAGGCGUGAGCCCUGACCAGAGCUGAUUCUGAUGGGGCCACGCACAGGGUCCCACCCCUUGGAUCUACACUGUGGCCACUGUUUGGAUUAAUCUGUUUGGAGAGAGUGGGAACUUUCUUUCUUUCUUUUUUUUGCCUUUUUUCCUUUUUUAUCGGUACCGGGGAUCAAACUCACGACUGCCUGCUUGCAAGGCAGUCACUUAUGCCGCUGAGCUAAAUCCCCAGCCCCAGGAACUGAACUUUCAAAAUGCUAGUAUUUGCUUGAAAUGACCCUUGCCUUUACCCAUCUCAAGGUCUCCAGACACCAACCAGUCAGGACCAGGAGCUGGAGACCCUGUGGCAUGGGAGGGUGCAGGGCCAGAGAGUGGGACUAGUGGCAGACUUGAAGUUCAGGCUUCAGGUGGUGGCAGCUUCUGAGUUGGCUCAGUCUGGGUCAUGCUUGACCUUAGGGUAGGGGGUGUGACAGGUGGAGACACUGGAGAGCCUGGUUCCUGUCACCUCCCCAGAAAGCUGUUCAAAGUAGGAAACAAAGCUCUUCCCCUCCUAA